AGGCGCAUGUUCCCUUUCCUAAGUUUUAAUAUUUCUGGUCUCGACCCCACGGCUCACUACAAUAUUUUUGUGGAUGGAAUUUUGGCGGAUCCCAACAAAAAACCAACCACUGGAGAUUUCAGGGAGGCAAAUGGGUUCCUUGCGGCAAGGCGGACACGAAUGUACAAGGAAACCGGGUGUACAUGCACCCCGAUUCCCCCAACACGGGAGCCCACUGGAUGCGCCAGGAAAUCUCCUUUGGGAAGCUAAAACUUACAAACAAUAAAGGAGCAUCAAACAACAACGGGCAGAUGGUGGUUUUGCAGUCCCUCCACAAGUACCAGCCCCGCUUGCAUGUGGUGGAGGUGAACGAAGACGGGACGGAGGACACCAACCAGCCGGGCAGAGUGCAGACCUUCACCUUCCCCGAGACCCAGUUCAUAGCAGUCACCGCCUACCAAAACACCGAUAUCACACAGCUGAAAAUAGACCACAACCCUUUCGCAAAAGGCUUCCGAGACAAUUACGACACGUAAGUAAACCAGAUUUUUAUUACCCUUCUGCCGGCUGCACACACAUGUCAAAGGGAGAAGCUUUAGGACGCGGGCUGGCUUCGUUUCACACCGAAACGUGUAAUGCCAGGCUUUUCCAGAGCCCCCCGCGGGGGAGGCACCCGCAACCUCCCCCGGCGGGGCCGCGGUCCCUGCGGC